AUGUCCACCACCAUCGCCGCCGGACUGGACAGCGAGACGACGCUGCAGUACGUGCUGGUGGUGCAGGCCUCGGACAUAGCCACCGCCAUCGUCACCAUCGCCGACAUCAACGAUAAUCCCCCCGAGUUUACGGACAAAACCUUGAGCGGCACGGCGCGCGAGAACGCAGUGAACGUGACGGUGACGACGCUGACGGUGACAGACACGGACGAGCCCGACACGCCGGCGUGGCGGACCCGCUACGUCGUGCGCGGCGGGGACUCCGGCAAGAACUUCGCCGUGGAGACCGACCCCCGCACCAACGACGGCAGGCUCUACGUCGUCAAGCCCCUGGACUUUGAGACAUCGCCGGUGUACAAGCUCGUCGUCGCCGCGGAGAACGACAUGUCGCUUGAGAGCGCGCAGCUCGGACCGGCGAGCACCGCGACCGUCACCGUAACGGUGCUAGACAAGAACGAGGGGCCGGUGUUCGAGCCGCUGCAUCUGGAGGUGAAGAUCGCCGAGGGCCUCCCCAUGGGCCACCGCGUACUGAUCUUGUCGACGCCGUGGCUACCGUUCGUCAUCGCUGAUUACGUCAUCGUCGUCGUCGUCAUUGGCUGUCGAUGUCGAUGACGUCAUCGUCGUUAACG